AAACAGACACGAAAUAAACUAUAAAACUGGCAGAAUAUUCAUAAUGUUCAUCAUUCUCAGUCCAAGAGGCCAGAAGUUUCUCAACAUGAAAUAUACUUGUGUGUUGCUGUGUGCCCUAGCGGCAGUGGCCUGCGUUGCUGGCCAAGAAUUUCCGACAAAAAAAUGUCCCCCAGGCGAGCAUUCAGUCCUAUACUGUCCCCGCAGGGCUGAACCAAAUUGCGAAAUCCGUGAAGUCCACGAUUUAAAGUCUCCAGGGGCGUGUGAUAUCCCAGACUGCUUCUGUGACACUCCUACUGUCAGGAAUUUGGCCACUGGCAAAUGCGUCUCUCCGGCUGACUGCCCGAAAAAUGUGUGUGAAUAAAAUGUCAAAAUAAAUGAUCAAGUUAAUGUACUUAA